GCAAGUUCAGGGGCAGGCGACAAGGUCCGGGUGCUGAGCGAGGCGGCUGGACAAGCUUAGCCAGAGAGAAACCUGAGGCCACGAGCGACCUCCGGAGGAGCCCCUAAACUGGAGCCUUAGCUGAGACUUAGCGGUGGCAGCAUGCAACCAGCCCAGAUGAGCCUUGCAGAACGAGAGCCUGUUUCCAACACUCUUGCUGCAGUCAGGCCUGCUGCACGCCUUCAGGAACCCACCACCGCUGUCCCAAUUGUCCCCUGAAAUGAACGUUCCUGGCGCGCCCUCUCGUGGACUGUUGAGGUAACCAUCCGUCUAUAGGAAGUCAUGGCAUCCACGCAUGCGCAGGGCCACCCGCCAGUCUUGGGGAAUGAUACUCUCCGGGAACAUUAUGAUUACGUGGGGAAGCUGGCAGGCAGGCUGCGGGACCCCCCUGAGGGUAGCACCCUCAUCACCACCAUCCUCUUCUUGGUCACCUGUAGCUUCAUCGUCUUGGAGAACCUGAUGGUUUUGAUUGCCAUCUGGAAAAACAAUAAAUUUCAUAACCGCAUGUACUUUUUCAUCGGCAACUUGGCUCUCUGCGACCUGCUGGCCGGCAUAGCCUACAAGGUCAACAUUCUGAUGUCCGGUAGGAAGACGUUCAGCCUGUCUCCAACAGUGUGGUUCCUCAGGGAGGGCAGUAUGUUCGUAGCCCUGGGCGCAUCCACAUGCAGCUUAUUGGCCAUUGCCAUUGAGCGGCACCUGACCAUGAUCAAGAUGAGGCCGUACGACGCCAACAAGAAGCACCGCGUGUUCCUUCUGAUUGGGAUGUGCUGGCUAAUUGCCUUCUCGCUGGGUGCCCUGCCCAUCCUGGGCUGGAACUGCCUGGAGAACUUUCCCGACUGCUCUACCAUCUUGCCCCUCUACUCCAAGAAAUACAUUGCCUUUCUCAUCAGCAUCUUCACAGCCAUUCUGGUGACCAUCGUCAUCUUGUACGCGCGCAUCUACUUCCUGGUCAAGUCCAGCAGCCGCAGGGUGGCCAACCACAACUCCGAGAGAUCCAUGGCCCUUCUGCGGACCGUAGUGAUCGUGGUGAGCGUGUUCAUCGCCUGUUGGUCCCCCCUUUUCAUCCUCUUCCUCAUCGAUGUGGCCUGCAGGGCGAAGGAGUGCUCCAUCCUCUUCAAGAGUCAGUGGUUCAUCAUGCUGGCUGUCCUCAACUCGGCCAUGAACCCUGUCAUCUACACGCUGGCCAGCAAAGAGAUGCGGCGUGCUUUCUUCCGGUUGGUGUGCGGCUGUCUGGUCAAGGGCAAGGGGACCCAGGCCUCCCCGAUGCAGCCUGCUCUUGACCCGAGCAGAAGUAAAUCAAGCUCCAGUAACAACAGCAGCAGCCACUCUCCAAAGGUCAAGGAAGACCUGCCCCAUGUGGCUACCUCUUCCUGCGUCACUGACAAAACGAGGUCGCUUCAGAAUGGGGUCCUCUGCAAGUGAAUGUCUCCACAGGUCAAGCUCUGCAGCCACACCUAUUUAUUGCACGCAUUCGCUUCCACGCGAGGCCUUAGAGAUCUUGACCCUGGAGGUCUGCUUGACGUGGCCACCAACUCCUGAGGAGGAGACCCAAGGAGACACCGAUACAUUUCAGCCCGGACAUGGAUGUGCCUUAUGGGUUGCAGGCUCCAUCCUUCUGAAUGUACCAAGCUGCUGACGUUGUCCACUCCCUUUGGAUGCCGAUUUCCCCGGUCCAGGGAGGGCAGGUAGUGAUGUGCUAUGCACAUGCGCUUUGGGAUGGAAUCUUCCUAUCUUCACACUACAUUAAUUUUCAUAGAAUGGGUGCUCCUGUAUGUGUCUGUCCGUUGCUGUGUUGUACAGAAUGUGUAUGCCAGGUUUUCCCAGGUGGAGCCCAUUACAAAGUGUUGGUCCCCCCACAUCUUGUGUAACGGUUGGUCCGAACCUGCAGGCACAGCUGUACCGGAUUCAGCAUGUGAUAAGGUGGUGCGCCUUUCCCGGUGCCCUUGUGCCGGUGUCCUAGCUCAUGGCUGUGAAAAGUUACUCAAGUAUUCCUUAUUCUCAAAAAGCCUCACCCAAGAGCAGCCCAGGUGUGUGGGUCUCACCUUUACAUACCCGUGUCCCUCCCUCUUGGGUCCCUUCCAUAAGCUUAAGUACAUCUGAAAGCCAGAUUAUGUGAUCGUUGAGGCAUUUCUGAAAAUCACUGAAAAGCCAGCCAGGAUCUCUCAAAAUGCUGGCAUCACUGAAGGAAGAGCCCAUGAGGAGAGGCAAGGUGCUCUCCACCGUGGGUCACCCUUCCAGGGGACGGCAGUCUGCUGCAUGUAGAGAGUUUCCAGCAGUGACAUUCACAAGCCAGCCCUUCAACUGUAUGGUACUGAGUUCAGUUCCAUGUAGAGAAGCUUGAUUCGUGUGUAGAGAAGCUUGAUGCCAGUCAGCUUUGCCGCCACCUUUUGCUGGCAAGGAGCUGAAGCUGUCAGCAAAGCUUCUCGUCUCCCUCAAUUGUGGACCCUGACCAGGACCCUUCAGUGAGAGGAAUCCGCCAGGCUAGGAGGCGUGAUGUGGUUCUUUGCACCCUCUUCAGAGAGAACCAUUCCCAUGCCCAUAUGAUGGGCGCUCCACCGCUUGGACCUGCGUUCCUUUGUCCAUCCUGUAAGGAAAACGCUUAGAAGACACCUCUGAAAUCCCCUCCCCAAGGACUCUGCCCGCGGGACACACAGGUGGGUAUGUUGGAGAGAGCAGCCAGCACCCAUGCUCCCAGAACAGUCUUUGGAAGGACUCACACUCGGGGAAACUUCAUGUCAGAGCUCCCCAUAAGUUGAUUAGCAUCAGAGACACACCUACCAACCUUUUUAAAGAUGAUUUUUCUCUCAAUGGUUACUUGAUGGCAUUUGCUCUUGCUUAGGGACACUUUUCCUGGGCCCUAGGUAACCAUGGACUGACUAACGAAAGACUUCCCCUGGUGGAUAUAGGUCACUGCCAGGGAAUUCUGCUGGAUCAUUGGCCUAUCUGUCUCUUCUCUACGUCACCGAGAAAAUAACUUAUUCUCUCAUCAUGGUGUUGACAAAAAACCCAGGCAUUUCUGGGAAAGGAAAGCAUGCAAGUGCUGGGCUGAGGGAAAAUAACAGGCCAGUGUGUGGGGGAGUUGAGGUGGAAAAUGAAUGGGGCUUGAGGACGUGCUCUUCCCUAAUCGGAAUGCUUCGAGGCCAUGGAUCUGGGUCACUAAUAUUAAUAACACAUUGUACAUGACUCUGACUUCUCUAUAUCCUCCUGUGUCUGCUUUCAUUCAACAGCCCUUGCAGAGGGCCACACCUACCAUCCCCAGCUAGGAGGUGACAUUUGUAGAAUGACAGAGUGUCGAGCAGUUGAAAUUAGAAAUACACUAAGACCUAAUUGCACUCACUUGAUGUAUGCCAAAUGGAGCAAUCAUCCGUGACGCCAGUGUGCGCUCCUUUCCCUAGCUAAGCCACCGAGACAGCAUUGAGACCGAGUGCACCCAAACCCUCACCCCGAAGGUCGGAAACAAGAGAAGCCAGAGACCCUGGGGCCUGCCCCAGGUAGCGAGUGACCUUUACUACUUGCAGUUUAUGUUUGUUAAUAAUAAAUAAAACCAAAAGCCUUUAUAUAAACCCA